CGUGUAAACCCUCGGGCACAACACCGUGUUCCGACCCAUUUUUCUUCCCACGAAAAUUCUCCGAAGGUUGUGAUCACAAAGAAGAGGAAAACGUAGAGAGAGAGUGAAAUUCAAGCUUUGUGAUUGUAAUCACUCGCCGGAAAAACAUCACACAGUUGUAACAAAAAAGAAACGAACAUGGCUCCGGCGAUGUCGAAACUUGCCGUUAAUGACUCCACUGGUUUUGAACUAAGUCAUAGAGAUCACUCAAACAGAUGGCAAGAACGUUCACCGACGGAGUUUCUUAGUGCCUGCGAGAACGAUGUGGUGGAGUUCGUGAGACAGGCAAUCCAAAAACGCCCAGAACUCGCAAGGUACACAGACAGCAAUGGUUACAGUGGUUUGCACUUCGCUUGUGCAAAUGGGAGCAUUGAGGUCGUGAAGGAGCUGGUCAAACAUGACCCUCAGCUAUGUCUUCUGUGGGACGAGCACGGUCGAAUUCCACUUCAAAUUGCGGCGAUCUUCGGAAACAUAGAAGUUCUGAAACUGUUAGUCAAGGAUUGUCCAGAAUCUAUUACUUUAGAGUCUGUUGCUUGGGUAACCCUUUUUCGUGAAACUACUUUUCACUUGGCCCUGAAAAACGAUCAAUGGGAUUUCUUUGAAGCGUUGAUUACAGAGAUUGAGAAGCGCAAGUUGGAUCAGGAGGACCUUCUGAACUUAAAGGACAACAAUGGCGACACCGUCCUCCAUAUUGCAUCCGAUAAGGGGCAAACUCAGAUAAUAAGUUUGUUGCUCAAGAACAAUGCUAGAAAAGGUCCUUUGGUGCAAGUAGACUUCAAGAACAAGAAGGGCUUCACAGCCUCAGACCUUUAUUGUCAAACAAGUUCUGGAAGGUAUAUCCUCCAACUCUUCCAUGAAGCUGCAGCACAGCAGAAAGUUCCAUUGCAAUCCCAAUCACCACCACCGAAAUCCACUAUUAUGGACGGGUUGAUGCCGGCUAGCAUGUCCCUUCAAGCAAUGUCUGUGCUUGUGACGGUUUUCAUUUUCUUCGCAGGGGCUGCCUAUCAAGUUCUUUCGAGUUAUGGCAAUGUUUACCCACUCCACCAACUGGCUAAAAAUGGUACAAUCAGUUUUAUAGGUAUGCUCUCGGAUCCAGAUUUAAUACCAGAUGGCUUCUAUUUCAUUCUAUUCAAUACGGUGGCGUUUGUCCUAAGCAUGGUGGUGAUACUGUUGGCAAUAUGGUUGCUGGACAGCCCAUGGUCAUUUAUUGUUCGAGGAGUUAUGCUUGUUCUGGUAAGCACAAUAUCCUUCGCAUAUGCAAUUAUGGUGAAGAGGGUUGUGCCUCACUUCUUAGUGAGUAUCAUUGGCUCUUUUAAGGUCUCAAGCUUUUUGGCUGUGUGGUUAUUUGAUCUAGGUUUGAUGAUCCUUUUAUUUGUAGUGGGACUCAUAGUUAAAAAGAUUGUUAGUAACACCCAACCAUAGCACCUCGGUCACUGUUGACCAAAGCAUUUGACCUCUGACCCCCGUGCUUGGCUCUAACCUCUGACUCUGUCCUUAGCCUUGGCCUCGGACCUUUGGCAUCUAACCACUAACCCCAGUUCUCGAUCUCAGCCCUCUAGCAUAUAUCCUCAGACAUCUAGCCUAUAUACUCAGACUUGGACAUACCAUCAGCCUCAGACUCGGCCUCUGUUGAUCUUGGCAACUGCCUUUCUGUCCUCAACUUCAGACAUUUGACCUAAGUCCUUGGUCUUAGACGUACCAGUAGCAUUGGCAUCUCGAUGAUGGACCUCAGUCUCUUUUGACCUUGGCUUUGAUGCUUGUCCUUGACCUCGGGCAUCGACCUCUGUUGAAUGUUUGUCCUCAACCUCCUCAACCUCGGACCUCGACCUCUGUUGACCUUGGCUUUGCGUUAUGUGUCCUCGUCUCUGUUUAGCUUUGCAUUAUGUGUCAUCGUCCUUGGACAUCAGCAUUUAUUGACCUUGGCUUUGAUGUUUGUCCAUGGCCUCAAAUCUCAGCCACUGUUGACAUUGACUUUGAUGUUUGUCCUUGGCCACGGAUCUUGGCCUCCAUUGUCUUUGGUUUUGAUAUUUGUCCUCAGCCUCGGACCUCGACCUUGAUGCUUACGGUUGGUGCCGGACCUUAGCCUCUAUUGACCUUAGGUUUGAUGUUUGUACCCGGCCUUUGUUGAUCUUGGCUUUAACGUUGUUCCCAGCCUAUGUUGACAUCAAGUUCCGGCCUCUAUUGACCUAGGCUUUAUAUGGUAUGCUGUAUAAAGAGUUGUAAGAAAAAGGAUACAGCUAUGAGAGAAGAUGGUUCAUUCUUACCGGCUAUACUUUAUUCUUAAACUCUUAAUUUGUAUUCCAUGUUUAUUUGUAUAAACAGAUAAUAUGUGGAGAGAAUGUGGUUUACUCCCACGAGUGCUUUCUGUAUUGUUAGAUUUGGUUGCUUAUACAUUGAUUCUUAAAAGGAGGAGUUCUGUACUGAAGAAACCAAAUUUCACUACUGAUGAG